GGUUUCAUUUCAGUGAUAAACCAACCACCAUCAUCAUACAUCACCAUUGACAACAAUAAGUUUCAUUUUGAUUCAAAAAAUCAAAAUCAAUAAUUCGUUUUUUCACAUUCAAUUCGAUUAUUCGAUCCUUUGCAUCACAUAAUAAUGUUUCGGCUAACAAUUCUUUCUACUAUCCUGGGUAUGUCAGCUGCCAUGUCUUAUGGUGGUGGUGGCGGUGGUGGUUAUAGCGGAGGCGGCGGCGGAGGUGGCGGAGGCUUUGGAGGUGGCGGAGGCGGUGGUGGUGGUGGUGGAAUUUUAGUACCAGCUGCAGUUAUUUCAAAUCAUCAAAUUCGUCAAUUCGAUGUACCAAGCUCGGGUUUUAUUAAUCCAACAACAAUCGAUGUGCCAGCUAAUUUCAUUCCAGUAAAUUUUAUUUUUCGUUCCGCAUCAUCAAUGGUAAAUGUUGCACAAAAACAUUCAUCAGCACCCGGAUCAUAUCGACAAAGUCAUAGCCAAGAUGAACCACAUAAAUUAGUUCAUACUGUUACUAAACCAAUCAUUCAGGAAGUUCGUGAAAUUAUUUCACCAUUUCGUCGUGUUACACAAACUGUUGAACCUGUACGUGAAAGUGUUGAAACUAUUGUUGCACGUAAUGCUGGUGGUGGUGGCGGCGGCGGCGGAGGGGGAUUUGGUGCCGGUGGUGGCGGCGGAGGUUUUGGCGGAGGAGGUGGAGGUGGAUCCUCUGGUGGUGGCUAUGGAGGUGGAUCAUCAGGUGGUGGCUAUGGAGGUGGAUCAUCUAGUGGAUAUGGUGGUAGUUCUUCAGGUGGUGGCUAUGGAGGUGGAGGCUAUGGAGGUGGUUCUUCAGGUGGUGGCUAUGGAGGUGGUUCAUCAGGUGGUGGUUAUAGUAUGUCCAUCAGUUCAGGUGGUGGUGGCUAUGGUAGUAGCUAUUAAUAAUCAAAAGAAAGAAAGAAAAAAGAUAUUCAAAUCCGAACACUGAUUAUAUAUUAUUAACCACCGAUUUAAUAUUUAUUAUUCGUCCAAUCCUCAAAAUCUUCAACCUUAACCACAAUUCUCAUUUUCUCAUUAUGAUUAUCGUUAAUUUUGAAAAAAACAAACAAAUAUUUUGUGAUCCGUUUAUUCUAAUUCAA